AUGCGGCACGCCAGCACGCUCCUGCAGACCACCUCUCUGUUCCUGGCCGGGAUAACGGCCUGGGCGGAGUCCGCCGAGUCGAGCUCCUGGCCCAUAGAGACAUUCCGGAGCACAGAUAUCUCCGCCCCCGUCCUAAACGUCACCAAGAACGGCAAGACAGAGCCCGGGUAUGUAUUCAUCGGGCCCAUGACAAGCAGCCAUGCAAAGUCCAACCCGGCCAUCUACUCCGAUGACGGCCAGCUCGUCUGGCAGGGUCCGAUGGUCAACGUCUCUGCGUACCAGCCGCAAAUUCUGGACGGCGAGCCGGUGCUGGCCUACUGGACCGGCGCCGACAUCAAGGGCUUCGGAUUCGGCCAGAUCACUAUCAUGAACAGCUCGUACCAGGUGAUCCACGAGGUGACGCUGCCGUCGACGGACGAGCACCCGUUCGUCACCGUGCUCGACCCGCAGACCUUCCCCUCGUACGUCGACAUCCACGAGAGCCAGUUCACCGACGACGGCACGAUCCUGGUGACGGCCGUGAACGUGACGCAGAUGGAUCUGUCGUCGUUGGGCGGCCCCACGGACGGCUGGGUGCAGGACGCACUGUUCUACGAGAUCGACGUCAAGACGAACGAGGUGUUGUUCCGCUGGAGCACGGUCGAGCAUGUCUCGCAGAUGCCACUGUCGUACAGCGAGCUCCCGAUCGACGGCAAGGGCGUGAACAAAACCGAGCCCUACGAGUAUCCCCAUCUGAACUCGGUGGCCAAGUACGGCGACUCAUAUCUGGUGUCGUCUCGCUACAUGUGCACGAUCUUUAUGGUGAAUAAAGACGGCGACGUGGACUGGCGCCUCCAUGGCCAGAAAGGCGGCGACUUUUCGCUCAUGACCGAGGCCAGCUUCUGCUUCCAGCACGACGCCCGCAUCAGCGAACAGACCGACGACUCGAUCACCCUGCACAUGCACAACAACGAGAACGCCGACAUCACCACCCCGACGACCAUAACCACCGGUCUGACGCUCCGUCUGGAUAUGAAAACGAAGCGUGUCUCGGUGGUCGGGAAGGUGUGGGACGCAGAAGAUCCGGUCUACGCCGAGUCGCAGGGUAGCUUCCAGGCGCUGGAGAACGGCCAUAUCUUCAUGCAGCACGGCGCCGUCCCGAAGCUGGAGGAAUACGACGAGAACGGCGCGCUGGUGAUGCGGGCCUACUUCGGCUACGAAGGAGAGAUCCAGUCGUACCGUGGCUACCGCUUCCCUUGGACGGGACACCCGACGUCGCAGCCUAGCGUGGCCGCUUGCCCGGAGAACGGCAAGACUGCUGUGUAUGUGAGCUGGAACGGCGCGACGGACGUGCAGUCGUGGAAGGUUCUUGCGGGGUCGGAGAAGGAUAAGCUGCGAGUGGUGAAGACUGCCGUUCGCAAUGGAUUUGAGACGCGGAUCGCGGUGGACGAUGCGAAGAUGGUGAUGGUCCAGGCGGUUGGGGGAGUGGGAGAUGGGACCAAGUCAGCGAUGGUGACUGUUGGGGAUGGAUGUUAG